GAAUAAUAUAUUCCGCUCUAUUUGAUUAUUGACCUUAUGUUUGAUUUACAUAACUUACAAAGACAAGUCGGCAAGUUCUUGUGCGAUGUUAGCUUUUAAUGUGUAAAUCUUGUUAAAAAAUGAGUAUUUCAGCUAUGUCUGAGCCGUCCACCGUUAACGCUGGUAGAGGAGAUUUUCUUACUCAUUAAUAAGUAAGAUCUCUAUAAUUAUAGAGAUAACAACUUUUCAUGGUUCUUUGUCCAUCACAUAUGAAACACUUUGAAAUCUGUGGGUCCCCAUACAACUUUCGUGAUACGCUGUCAAUAUGCCAGGUUCAAUAUACCUGUGAUUGUUCUAAUUAGAUAUAGCAUUAUCGACACAUUGUAUACAGGGUGUUAUAGCCCGAGCUCCCAACUUUAAGGAAAUUUUGGGGAAGCUCUCGAAGUCAAAUGACAUUGACCAGGGUUAAAGGGGAAAUAUUGGGGAAUUUCCCCAAAAUAUGCCAAAUUUUCACCGAUAUUGGGAGCGCAGGAACUUGUUGUGCAAGUGGGAUAUCCGUUUACCAACCAAGUUACGUUUUCGCAGCUCAGUAGCCCUCUCUGUAAUAAUAUAUUGCCGUGAAACAGGGUCUUCUGAGGCAUCAGAUAUGCAUAGGCUACAGGAUUUUAAUCGCAGGUGUCUUCGGAGCACUGAUCACUUAUCAUAGGACAGUAGAGUAAGGUGUCUUGGUGCUAAAUACGGUGAACUAAGCAAACAAGGCGAGCCCGUUGAUAAGGCUGUGGGUCUUUGCAAACAGGUAAUUGGGAGGUAUCAUUCAUGACCAACCACUACGGGACUCGACGGUCAAUGUCGGUUGGAGUAGGAGUAAGUUGGAAUAAAGCCAAGAGCUUUCGAUUCAACUGUGGCACCUUUUCAUGAAGUCAAUAACUGUUAGUUGACUCAUAUCGACAAGUGAAGACUAACUGGUUGGCAUCCGUUCGAUAACUGUAACGCGUAAUUGGAGACGGGUCAAGGCUCGUAAUCAGUUGCAGUGCCUCCAGAUGUAUUCACUCCUUGUCUUACUCGAGAUAUUCAGUAUUUUUUUUAAAACAUACCUCCUAUAAUCUCGAGCCUUACCAGAGGCGCUAUCAGCCUAGUCCAUAAUAUAUUAUUCUUCAGUAAAGAAGAACUAGUUUCGUCAUUUUAAUGUUAACCUGCCAUCAUAUGAGUGUCAAUCAUAUUAACUGCUUAGAAGGUAAUAUACCAAAUAUCAAAUGAAUUGCAGAAGAUUUUAUACAUACAAACAUACUUUUUGUUCAGAUGCGUUCUGUAUCAUUCAAAAGGACUAUAGAUUGCGCGUGAUUUUUUUAGAAUUUUACUCUCUUAUUCCAUGAAACGGGCAAAACAAGAAAGAGAACUGACAGAUGAAGAGCGUAAUAUCGUGAUAUCAGUACGUCAUUGUGCGCGAGAAUUGGACGAUGUCUUACAGGGUGCACGUAGAAAAGCCCAGUCGAAUCCCAAAGUAUUUGCGGAGACAGGAAUUAGUGUCAUGUUUAGAGGUGUUGACUCUUAUGCGGAUAUGUAUGAAAAAUUGGGUGUGAAGUCAAGAGAUGGAUUAGAAAGAUUAUUUUCUAAAUUUUCUGACUGUGAAGAAAUUCAGGAUACUCAAGAUGCAAUCGAAGAAACUGAAGGAAACUGGAGAAAUUUUCUAGUUAAUCUUGAUAAGGAGGUUGCACAUGAUGAGCAUGAAAAUAGUAAAGUUAAUUCAGUAUCUAAACUCGAGAACCUUUCUGAUGUGGAAUGUGAUUAUUUAUUCUUACCAUCACUGCCACUUAUUGACUGGCAAACCAGCCGUGAGGUUAACUUGCAAGAUUAUGUCCAAAAAUACAUGUGCCUUGUAGUCAUCUGUCAGCCUGCAUACUGGCCAGAUACUGCUGUUCGUUGGCGCUAUUCAGAGGUAUCAAAAGCCCAGUGUGAUCUAUCCCAGUUCAACGUUGGAUACGCAGUUGUUACAUGGGGCCCAGCAGAUGAAGUGCGGAGUUGGUGUAAACAAGUUAAUCGAAUUACAAAAUGGCCGGUUUUAUGGGAUAAAUCAGGCGAUUUUCGAGCUAAAAUUGGAUUUAAAUCAGGUUUACAACGUGUAUGGGCCGCUGAAAAUCUGGAUUUCCUUGGUUGUCAACGUUCAAUGCAUCAUCGUCCGAUAAAUUCACCGCCAACUAAUCUCAACUGGUCAGAAUGGAAACAAAUCGGUGGCGAAUUAGUUUUAUCUCAGCCUGUCUUAUGGAACCCACAAAAGACAAUGAAAUCUAACAUAUAUGUAGCAACGCAAACAGGUGUAAAACAUAAGCGCAAUACUCAUGAAAGUGAUGAAGAAGAUAGAUCCAAUGAAGAAGACUUGCACUCAGAAUCACUUAAAGUAUCAAUUAGAGAGGCCCUUCGUGAUAAAGAAGCGAUGAGUUCAAAACAGGUCAAAGUUUGUGCAUUGCACCUAAGUACUCGUAUUUCGGAUCUCAUGCCAUCAGGUUCGAUAUAUCAAGCUGCUUUAACGUGUUAUGCUCGUACACACAAUACUACAGAAAGCGAUGUCAUGGAUAAAAUUAGGAGAGAUCGCAGGUUUUGUACACCACCUGAAUCAGCUCGAUUACAGUACGAAGCAACUACCGGUUUAUAUUAUGACCCAGAAACUGCUUUAUAUUAUGACCCACUAAGAGGUUAUUUCUAUGAUUCAACGAAUCAAAUGUACUACUAUUGGUCUCAAUCUGAAGGACGAUAUAUCUUAGCCAAUACUUUGAUUCAAGCUGAACUUGCUGCUGCGCAUGUAGCUCAAGCAGUAGCAGCCCAAGCUGCCGCAGACAAAGCUAUGGCUGAGCGAGAAGCUGCUAAGAAGGCGGCCAUGUGUGUAGCCGCGCAAUUGGCGGAGAUACGUGCGGGUAAAGACGAUUAUGCUGCUUAUGCGUAUGCAACAUGUGUAUUACCUCAACAAGAACCAAGCGACCCAGAUUACAAAGAAAUUUCUACAGACAGUGGUAGAUUUUGUAUCGCUUAUCAAAAUACAACAGCCGCUGCAAAUAAUAUAGAAGCAUCACUAAAAGCAUGGAACACAGGCAAUACUAACAGUGGUACUGAGAUUUUGUCGUCUAAACCUCUUGUUCCUUAUACAGAUGACAAUACAGAAACUGAUCAUCGUAGUUCAACACCGCCACCCCCAGGGUUGUAAAUAAUAAAACUGUAAAGAACACAACAAACCCCCAUCUCAUUACUUUAGUCACAUUGCUCCACUCACUAUGUAUUUGGCACUUUUGCGUACUAUAAGCUGUGCAGCGUAUUUAAUUUGGUGUUUGUACAGCGAUUUUCUGGGUUUAAUUAACUUGUAACAUUUUACUAUUUCUGUAAAGCAUAAACUAUUCUAGUACAAAAAAGAAUGAAGUUGGUG